AUGCGCCUCGUCGCUCGCGGGUGCGCGUCCGCCCGCGGAUGCGCCUCGUCGCCCGCGGGUGCGCGUCCGUCCGCGGAUGCGCCUCGUCGCCCGCGGGUGCGCGUCCGUCCGCGGAUGCGCCUCGUCGCCCGCAGGUGUGCGUCCGUCCGCGGAUGCGCCUCGUCGCCCGCGGGUGCGCGUCCGUCCGCGGAUGCGCCUCGUCGCCCGCGGGUGCGCGUCCGUCCGCGGAUGCGCCUCGUCGCCCGCGGGUGCGCGUCCGUCCGCGGAUGCGCCUCGUCGCCCGCGGGUGCGCGUCCGUCCGCGGAUGCGCCUCGUUGCCCGCGGGUGCGCGUCCGUCCGCGGAUGCGCCUCGUCGCCCGCGGGUGCGCGUCCGUCCGCGGAUGCGCCUCGUCGCCCGCGGGUGCGCGUCCGUCCGCGGAUGCGCCUCGUCGCCCGCGGGUGCGCGGCCGUCCGCGGAUGCUCCUCGUCACCCGCGAAGACCUGGUGACGCACUUCAGCUGGUUGGAGGUGAUCACCAUCUACAGCGAUGACGACUACGGCCGAAACCACCAAAGCCAAACCUACCCCCUUUCCCCCCACCCGCCCCAUCCCUCUCCCCCCAUCCCUCCCCCACUGCAGACCUGCUGGUUGGAGGUGAUCACCAUCUACAGCGAUGACGACUACGGCAGAAACGGAGUCAACCAGCUGGCAGUGCUGCUGGAUAAGGCGUCAGUGGACAUGGUGAAGAGCAUCGCUGUGCCACUAGAUGCCUCUCUUUCAGACAUCAUCGUGCGUGCGCCUGCUCUUACAACUUGUACCCCACCCUACCCGCGCAACCCUCUUACCCCCGCCCCGCUUCCACCAGGCGUCAGUGGAUGUGGUGAAGAGCAUCGCUGUGCCCCUGGACGCAUUUCUCUCCGACAUCAUCGUGCGUCUGCUAUGCCUUCACCUUAUACCCCACCCCCACCGCCCAAUCUCCCCCCCUCUCUCUCCCACCACCAGGCGUCAGUGGAUGUGGUGACGAGCAUCGCUGUGCCGCUGGACGCCUUUCUCUCCGACAUGAUCGCGUCAGUGGACGUGGUGAAGAGCAUCGCUGUGCCCCUGGACGCGUCUCUCUCCGACAUCAUCGUGCGUCUGCUCGCCGCUCAGAAGCUCGAAUCCACCGUCUUCAUCCUGCAGCUCAACCUCGCACUCAUCGUGCCCGUGCUCACUGCUGGGUCCCGCUGUUGUCUGCUCGCCGCUCAGAAGCUCGAGUCCACGGUCUUCAUUCUGCAGCUCAACCUCGCACUCAUCGUGCCCGUGCUCACUGCCGGUAGGCUGGGUGCUGCUGUGUGGGCAGUGAGCACAAAGCUGGAGUCCAUGGUCUUCAUCCUGCAGCUUAACCCUGAACGCAGGGUUGAGCUCAUCGUGCAACUCCUGCUCAUUGCUCUACAUGCGUCUACACUACAUUGUUCUCUCUCUGUGUCAGCAGCGUCUCAAGUCGGCAUGAUGACGCCGGGCUACGUGUGGAUAGCCACAGAGGGAGAGACGUCGGAGCUGGAGAACCUGCCGGAGCUCUCCACCCUCUCUUCCCAUGCCUUCACCCCCCAUGCCUUCUCCACCUCCCUCUCUCACAACAACAGCAUCCGAGGUUACGUAUGGAUCGCAACCGAAGGGGUGGUGUCGGAGCUGGAGAACCUGCCGGAGCUCUCCACCGAAGGGAUGAUCGGAACGCGUGUCUUCGUGCCGCCCAACCCCCAGCUGUCUGAGUUUGAGCGCGCAUGGCAGGUGGACGGGGACGUGAACAUGACCAAUGGUGGUGCGGCCGCUGAUCAGACCUCUCUCUACAUGCUCUUUGCCUACGAUUCCCUCUCCAUUAUCGCACACUCCAUCCACGCUCUUCUCUACCCCAACUCCCCACCCCCCAUCAACGCCCCUCCUCCUUCUGCUGCCAACGGCAACGCCAGUGACAGUGGCAGCAGCGUUAAUAGCACCGGGAGGCUGGCAGGAGCAGAAGCAGCAACAGGGGGAGUGGGGGCGGUGGCGGGGGGUACGAGUGGGGGAGUGGUGGGUUUAGAGCGGUGGCAAGCGGUGGAGUUGCCAAAAGGAGGGGGGGCGUCUACUGACCUGGCACGGCUGCUGGAGAAUCUUGGUGCGUGCAUGAUAGGGAGUGCGAGUGAGUGCAUGAUAUGGAGUGCGAGUGAGUGCAUGAUAGGGAGUGCGAGUGAGUGCAUGAUAGGGAGUGCGAGUGAGUGCAUGAUAGGGAGUGCGAGUGAGUGCAUGAUAGGGAGUGCGAGUGAGUGCAUGAUAGGGAGUGCGAGUGAGUGCAUGAUAAGGAGUGCGAGUGAGUGCAUUAUAGGGAGUGCGAGUGAAUGCAUUAUAGGGAGUGCGAGUGAGUGUACGACCACCCACUCCCUUGCCAUUCUGGCUCGCAUGUGUGCUUCCUCCUCCUCUCUCCUUCUGUCUGAGGCGGACCCUCUCAGAUG